UUUUUGCAUCCUUUUUUUGUUCCUAAUAUGGCUGUGGUGGCAUAAUUAUUACUACAGUAGCUGCUUUUUGUUGAAAUGCUUAAGUAGAUAACUAGAGGAGUGUUGAAUUGACUUUUUGUGUAAAAAAUCAAAACCCUCCCUACUUUUGUAGCAAUUUUGGUUUUGAGAUUUAACAUUGAUUACUUUUUGUUUUAUAUUUAUUUUAUGUUGUAAAAAAAAAAACUCUUUGUAAACAAGCUAUGGUCGAUGUGUUUCAAAAACUUUACAUCACUUACAAAAUUUGUACAGUCAUCCUGUGACGAUUUGCUUCUAACAAUGUUGCGUUAUUUAACAGUUAGGUAUCGAUCAAUAUGUUUGCCUUCUUGCUUAAGCCUCAUUUAAACUGGUAGAAACAUGCUUCCAGUUAUGUUUCUUGACUUAUUAGCAUUUAAGUUGUAUCUUGUAUUUGGAAUAUAACAAAACUGCUAAUUUAACUAUGAUUAAUUGCUUAUUAUUAUUGCUUACUAUUUCUGUCGGACACUUGUAUUUAUUUACCAAGUUUUGGCUCGAGAGAUAAUUUGAUUUACCUUCACAAUAUUUACAGUUAUAUCAAUGGUUACAAUGGUUUGAGUCUUUUUUUUAAUGACUUUAUCACAUACCUGGCAUUAUUUAAUUUGACAUGGAAAUUAAACUAAGGUCUUGCAUAGAAAUAUUUUUGAUACCUAGUGCAAAUAAUAGAAAACAUUAAUGACUAAACAUCACUAAAGAUUUAUUACAAUGACAUGAUGCUGGUAAAAUAAUUAAUUGUGUUCAUUGUUAGAUCCAUGUAUGUAGUUAUUAAAUCCAUAUACUAAGAAUUUUUUUUACAUGCAUCAAUUGAUUGUAGUAAAACAUGGAAACAAAAAAAAAUCUUUUAAAUUUGUUUUUUGAAAUUAGUUUGGCUAUUUUUUAUAUCUUUUAACACCUUGAAAAUCUUCCAAAUUAUUUUAAAUACUGCAAAAUUGAUUUUUUCCUCAAUUUAUUGGUGUCUUAUCAAUUGUUGUAUAAAAUGAAUAUUAUAAAAUAUUUGCAGCAAAAAUUAUUUCUUGUGUUUUUACUUUUUAAUGCUGUGAUUUACUGUGAUUGCCUCAACAUACAAAAUUAACUACACCUAUUUUGUUUAUUGUGUUAAUAUUGAAUUUGAAUGGAAGAUACAGGAUACAUAUGUUAGUUGACCAUCAAAUUUAUGCUUGUGACAUAAUUAACACUUGAUGUUCAAGUUUGUUUUCAGGAAACGAAACAAGUAUGUCUAAAAAUAUGUGAGCAGAGAUUAAAAUUAUUGUUUGUUUGAAUAAGCUAAACUACUACCAACAAUUGUGGCACAUUAACAUAAAAAUUUGUGAAGGUAGAAAAAUACAAAAAUUUAAAAUUGGAUGUACAAAGAUGUCCAUAGAAGGUAGGUUCAGUUGAAUUUUAAGGCUAUCCGUACAAAGAUAUUAACCACCUUUUUUGCGGCAAAAAAUUGUUUUGUCACUGGUGUUUGAUAUUACAACUUUAUUUUUGUAACUAGAACAUGGCAUGGAAUCUGAGUGUUGUUCCCAGCUCAAAUGUGUGUAGAGAAAUUGGUUUUGUAUUGCAUUAUUCAUGUAUAUUAACCUUCUCUCACACCUCCAAUGCUCCCCCCCCCCUCCCUUUUCAGGCCUUGCCCAAGUCUUAGAGUCUGAAAAUAUACAUUACUAUACUAAUAUCAAUACAAAUAAUACCAUAGUAGCAGAGUCCAUCAUAAACUACAACUCCUAGUCAAACUACAUACCUGGAAAAUUUGCUUCCCACAUACACAUUUCCUUGCUAGAUUUUUUUGAGUAGCUAGAGAAACAAAAUUUUUUUUACAAUUUUUUUUUUGUUUAAAUCAAAAAGCUAACUUGUUACAAUUGUGUACUCACAAUUACUUGCACAUUAAUGGAGACUUGUGUAAAAGAUCACUUUUUCUUAGCAAUGAUGUAUGACCUAAAUGUACAGAUAAUUGUUCAAGUGGUUUAGCAAGAUGGAGGAAGCACACUGUGGUAAGAUAGUCACCAAAAACAAGCUGAAAGAAAGAGGGAAAAAAAAAAAAUAGCAUUUGUAUUUUGUAUUUGACGGAAAAAUGUUCUGCCAUAAACAUGAAGUUGUUCCUACAUGUACUCGUAAUUACUAAAGUAAGUGUGGAUUGGGUUAGUUAACAUUCUAAGUAGCUUGUACUGGCACUUCAUGACUUGACAAAAUAUAAUGUAAUGCUCGUUAGGAUUCAUCGUGUAGCUUUGUCCUUACUUUUUGUUAAAACUACGAGAUCUCAGCUUCAGCGCAGUAUGUCAGUCCCGUUUUGUCAAAGCAUUGAAUGCUUUUAGUUGCUAGAAAAUUUUGUGUAGGUAUCCAAAAGCCUCAUCCCAUCGCAUGUUAUCUUCCACAUUUGAGCCCUGUUUUUUUAUUGUAUCGCAAAAAAAAAAGUUUCCGGUACAUACUAAGGUGCAGUUGUUCAUGAUGUAAGUACUGUAGCAGGGUUAAGGAGUGCACUUUGAACCAUUCUGAAUUUCCCUAAGUUUCAACUAAAUGAUCUUGUGUGAGAUAAUAUAGCUACCAAAAUUUUUUUAUUAGUUCACUGAAUGUAACUUCUACACUGAUAUCACUUGUUAGCUGUUCAUGUGCACAGGCACUUGUGUUGAGAAGCAAGUUCAGUGGUUUCAUUCCAGUCCUUGGAUUUAUCCACAUUGAGUUGAAAAAUUUUUUUUUUAUAUAUACUAUGUUUAUUUGGGUAAAAAUCGGGAGAAAGCAGGUAACUUCAAUUUGUAAUAUAACAGUUGUACAAAAGUUGGUUGAUAACACACUUUAAUAUCACUACAUUUUAAAAGUAAAAAGCAUUUAAGUAAAAUUCUAUUAUUGCUCACAUGCACUUUCAUUCCUAUGAUCACCAAACUUUUUUUUUUUUUAGCUCAAAAGUCAAAACUAAUGGAUUAUAAAAUAAUUUUUGUUGCCAUAUCCAGUUUUCCCAAGAUUUAUAGUGGGUUUGGAAAUUACAAAACCAUGCAUAACUUUUUCACCCAAAAAAUGUUUCAACAAAAGAUUUUAUCCAUAAAAAGAAUUUAAAUUGUUUUUUUUUUAAAUUUCACAUGAAUAGAGAUAAUUGCUAACCUCACUUUAAAUUACAUCUUUCUUAAAAGUGCUUAUCUUCAGAUCUAUGCAAGGUUAUUGUAAAGUAACUUCUUAAUUAUGUUCUUAAAACGAAAGUUUUUACAGGUAGGUUGUAAUGAGAUGUCAAAAAAAGAUUCACCAUUCUGGGAACUAUUUGGGCUUGCUGUGGAGCGACCAUGGUUGCAGACAAGACGCGCAAGGUGGCGCACCGAAGGGGUCGUGGUUUGUCUUGUGGUUUGCCAGGAGUGGGUUUCUGGGCUCGCCCGUGCCGGGCCGGAAGCGCUUCCCCUCCGAGGCUGCCCGCCACCUCGGCAGCACCAGCCCGCUGGUCCUCCAGAGGUUCUUCCACCAACAGAGCCAUCACCGGCCGGACGUCCACCCCGGCCAGCUGUCCCCGGCCCACCGGUCGUCGACGGAGCAAGGCGCCAAGCCACCGGGGUGCGUUGUCGGCGACCUGAACGGCGGAGCGGUCAAGAAGAGGUUCGCGUCCUACAUAAAGUUCCACCUGGGGGGCGGCGACUCCCGCCGCAACCCGCCGCUCGCCCGGCCGGGCCGCCACGCGUCCCCCGGGUCGCCGGCCCACUGCCCGCGCGCCAGCCAGAGCCCCGAACCCCCGCCGCGACUCAGCAGGGUGUCGUCCGUCUCCUCGGAGGGGGGGACCCCGCAGCCCGGCUCCUCGCCCCUCCUGCUGAGGAGGGGCUUCCUGGACGUGUCCCCGGUGCGGAGGGGCUUUGCGGAGGGGUCGCCGUCGCUUUCCAGGAGGUACGUCUCUCCGUCUCCACCGCAGCCUCCUCCCAGGAGACUCUCGGAGAGCACUUCGGUCCCGGGGUCUCCCCAGCACCGCCGAAUGGAGCACAUACGGGCACGGUUCCACUACACACCUGAGCCCCAGCGGAAACUAUUCGGGGCGACGGACGUGCAGGACAUCUGAUAGUGCGAUGAUGUGCACCCCCCCUUCCCCUUGGCCACCUUUCCUGGCCUCACUUGUUUGUUUGUGUGCACGCGCGUGACUUGCUGACUUUUUUUUUUUGCGUGGCCGUGCGGCUUGUUGUCGCAUCGAGUGUCUUUUUUUGUCUUCUUUGUGUUGUGAAACCCUGUGUAGAGGUUAUGCCUUGUUGUGUUUUCUCUGUCAGUCAUCCACUUCACAAUGCUUUAUAAAAGAAAAAAUGUUAGAUUUGUGUUUUGUGGACGUAGCCGGGUAGGAAAUGUUAUGAGAUUUCUGCUAAAGAUAUUUAUAAAACACUUUUCUUUUUAAUUUGUGCAGUCAGUGAUAAAAUAUCCUUCUCAUAGUUACUAUUGUCAGUUUUUUUUGUUGUAGAAGGAAAAAUCUAUUUUGGAUCAAGAUUUAUCGUUGAAAUUCAGUUUUGAUUUAGACUUGAUGUUUUAUGUAUUUCAUCACUCAUGUGUAUCGGCACUUCUGCUCUUAGAAAGUAUUUUUCAACCUGUCACAUCUUAGGGUUGACAGGAAUAUUUGUUCUUGUUCAGUUUACUUUCGUAUAAAUUUUAUGUAGUGGUUGGCACCAUUUAUUGGCCAUCACUGGUGGGUGGAGCAUUAGGAAGGUAAGCACAGGUGGUUUCAAAAAUACAUGUCAAAAAAGUGGAUGGAUACAUAGGUAGGAUGUGUUGAGGGGGCAGAAUUGUCUGUGGACAUAAGUUCGGAAAUACUUCUGUUUAUCACUGGAGCUGUUACCGUGGUGCAAUGAGAUACACUGGAUCCCUGUUAUGUGGAAUGCCAGCAUGUCAGUGAUAGUGUGCAAGGUACACCGCCCGCAGAAUAAGAUGAUGCCUGAGUGACAGUUAAGGUAGCUUUGACUGGGGGGGAGGGGAGGGAGACCCAGCUGAAUACGUAUUAAACGUAAGCUCUCAACAAGUUCGCAGUAGUGGUUUCUUCUUUUGAUUUAUAAAAUGCUAGUUAUUAAUUGUAACGUGUUCUCUCGCGACAUUUUUUCCGCACGUGCUGAAUAUAAAAGUGCCUCUUAUGUUAUCUAAAAUUAAAAAGAAAAAACUUCAUUCGCAGGUGCGAGAGGUAGUGUUUAAUGUGUUAAAUUUUAUGGAAAAUGAAGCUCGGAAUGGUGUGAUGUCGUUAUCUAUUCCUCUUGAACAAGUGCAACUGUGAACGGUGCAAGCAACAGGAGUUUCUCAUGCUACUGUACAAUGUAUUUAGAAAAAAGGUCAACACAUUAACGAAGAUAGUGAAGGAUAGUUUGAGACGCCUAACAAGAAUAGAAAAAAGUCUUCAAAAUACGAACUGGAUAGGUGUGACGAAGGAGUAGUUCGAAGGAUAAAUUAUGACUUUUAUAUCACAGAAAAAAGUGCGCCAACAGUGCCAACGCUUAGGGAGAAACUGAAAAUGGAGAUAGGAUUUCAAGGUUGCGAUUGCACACUUUGUAAAAUUCUGAAAAAGUUAGGCUUUCAAUGGCGUAAAACUAAAUCUCACCGCCUCGUUCUUAUAGAAAAGCAUGAUAUCAGGCAGAAAAUAAUUAACUAUAUACAGAGCAUUAUGCAUUUCAGAAAUGAAAACAGGAAUGUAAUCUAUCUAAAUGAAUCGUAUAUGUUAUCCUCGCCUGUGCAACAAAAAAGCUGGGCAGAUGAAACAUUAAAUGGUGUCCUUCGGCCAGUAGCGAAAGGGCAAUGCCUAAUUAUGAUACAUGCUGGCGGUAAAGAUGGAUUCGUGCCAAAUGCCCUCGUUAUGUGGAAAUCAAGCUACUGGUGACUACCACCACCAAAUGAACCAGACCAAUUACGAGAAGUGGAUUAGGGAAAAACUUGUACCGAACAUGCCAGCAAACAGCGUCGUGGUAUUGAAUAAUGCACCCUAUCACAAUGCCCGCGUAAACAAAACGCCAACAUCUUCUUCAACAAAAAGUGACUUGAAAAAAUGGCUACGAGAAAACACAAUUUCAUUUACUGAAGACAUGCUGAUGCCAACAUUGUACAAAAUUAUUAAGAUAAAUAAGCCAAGACACAUAGUGUAUUCCGUCGACCAGAUUCUUGAAAGUUUUGGUCACACACCGCUCCACCAUCCCGACUUGAAUCCCAUUGAAUAUAUUUGGGGUAAAGUUAAGGGUAUUGUUGCAUCACAAAAUGUGUCCUUCAAAUUAGAUGACGUGAAAAUACUUUGCGAAGAACAAUUUAACAGCAUGGGAAAAGAAGACUGGAUUCCAUUUUGUAAUCAUGUUGCAAAAGUAGAGCAGGAGUAUUACAGCCGGGAUGUUCGUUUCGACAUUGAAAUCGACAAAAUAAUUAUUACACUUGGCAGUGUCAAUAGUAGCAGUGAAGAUUCAAACUCUACCGAAGAUGAAAUGGAAGGAAUUGGAAUUCUUGAGGAGAGCAAGUAAAUUGGUGAAUUGGUUGUUAUUAAUCAAUAAUAGACUUUAAGUUAAUGAUUUUGGUUUGUGUAUACUACACUUUUUUUAAAUUGAAGAAAUUGGAAUAUCUCAGUUUUUUUUUGUAAUAGGUGAAUUUAAUAAUAGUCUACACUAGAUGUGUUUUGGUUUGUGUAUACUUUCUGAACGUUCGUGACGUCACCCAAGCAUCAAGUUAUCCUGCGGGCAGUGUACACAACACACCACAUGUGUAUAGUCAGCUGUAUCUUGCUGAUAUGGCAUUCCACAUAACAAGGAUCAAUGUAGAAUACCAGAAUGAUGGUGAUAGUGUGCACAGUACACAACACACAAUACGCAUAGUUGGCUGUUUAUCUUGCUGAUAUUACAUUUCACGAAACAAGGAUCCAGUCCAUCUCCUUGUACAUGGCAAUGACUCUGGCAAUAAACAGCAGCAGCAGCAUUUGUGGACAUACGUCCAUUGAAAAUUUAUUUCUCCCCUACAUGUCCUGCUCCUGUAUUCAGUUGAAGUUAUUUUAGAUUCAUCCUUUUCCUAAAGUGGGGAUGGGAAAUUACUUUUCCCAAAAGCACCAUCAGUUUAUGUGUCCUGAGUGGAACCACCCUUACUUCCAAAAUGUGAGUUAGGCAUUGUGUCGCCUGAUCACACACACUGAGACUUAAUCUUUUACGCACAGUUUUUACAGCCGUGGGCAGUCAGUCUUACAAAAUAAUUAGUUAUGCCAAAUAAGGCAAAAUUAACUGUGGCCCAAAGUAAGUUUUUCUCAUAAAGUUAUUAUCCUGAGUGAACAAAAUAAUGUAUUUACUUGCAUAAGCAUCAUUUUGGGGAAAGAGGUAUGUCUAUAUUAAGUGCAAAUAUUAUCUGAGUAAUUAUAUUUCUGUAAAUAUUUCACAUUUAGUCAAAUUCAAAGUGAAUAUUUAGGUUCAGUAUUUAUGUGUAACACAUUCGAGGCCACCUUGUGUUCAAGUUUGUAUUGUGUUCAAGACUCAGUAGUAUUUGACGUGGUAUUAUAUGUUUUAUUGUAGGUCAUUUGCAUUGGUGUUGCCUAAUAUUCUAGGUUGCCUAAUAUUUAAAGUUGCCUUAUAUGCAAAGUUGCCUUAAAUUCAAAGUAUUACAGGUCAUAUUGUGUUUCAGAUUAUUUUUUGUUUGAGGUUGAUUUACAUUUGAGGUCAUCUUAUGUUUGAGGUCUUAUGUUUGAAGUCCUCACGUACUCAAUAUAUGUAUUACUUAACAGUGGAGAAUAGUAUUUUUUAUCGUUUGAAUCUAAUUCUUGUUAGAACUAUUAGUGGCGCCAAAGAAUUUAAGACUUGCUCCAACUUUCAUUGUUAUGAAGUCAUAACUAUACUUGUUGCAGUGAGGUUCCUUUACUUGAAACUAGCUGAUGGAGCUAUGACAUGUGACUGUACUUUAUUAAUUGUAAAUUCUUCUUGAUAAAAUGCUCUGCAUCACCAAGGCAUGGAAAGAGUUUAAGGCUACGCCCAUGGUGCACAGAUCUUGAUGAAAUGCACUUCUCCAUAAACUCCUACCAGUUCACCGUGAAACCUUUUAUUGUUUUUCGCAAGAUUCUGGAAUUUAUGUAUGACUAUAUAUAUUUUUUGUGAACUACAUGUGAAGUGCAUUCAUUUAUUGACUUACUGAGAAAAAAAAAAUCCAAAUUUUGAAUGUGUUUCAAAGUUUGGAGUUAUGGUUGAACUUUUUGGUGUUAAAUGAAAUCACUUUGAUCUAUGAAUGCUGCAUUUAUGUUGUUAAAUUAACUUUUUUUGCAUUUAACAGUUAUUUUAAAUGUUUUUUAAAAUUUAUAGUGGAAUUCAAAUGUAAAAAAUCUUGGUUUUUAAAGAAAUGACCAUUACAUCAUUUGUUUCUAGAGUUUUAUCACAAUAUUGAAGCAAUUAUGUUUGUUUGAUAAAAUUUUUAUUGUUUUAUGAAUUUUUCAAUUUCUAUCUUUAAUUAUACAGUAGGCCAUGUUGGUGACACCUAUUCAUUGAAGCAAUUAUUUGUGUGUGUUUAAGAUUUUUACAUUUUUAUUUUUUUUCAACUAUGUUGUAACUGAAGUUCAAUGAAGUUCAAAUGUUACUUACUGAUUUCUUCCAUAUAACAUCCAUUUCUCUCUCUGUUUCUUAGCAUGAUUUUGAAACCAGGAAUAAUUUUGUGUUAGAAAAUAGGUUUGUAUGUAACUUCAGUUUGUAUUUGUUUCCCCUGCUAAUUCUUUGAAUUUUUACUAUACCUGUUAGUUUUUGUAGUAUACAGCAUUUCAUGUAAGUUCUUACAAUUUUGAAAGUUAUAUAAAACUUGCAAAUGGCUAAUUAUACUAAUUAUACCAAUUAUACUUGUAAACUAACUCUGUGUGCCUUUUAGCUUUGGCAAGACUCCACGAGCUUAGGGAAAAAGAAAUCUACUAAAAAUAUUCUGAUUAAUUGGCAAACACCUGAUUAAUUGGACAAAAGUAAGAAUGAAUGAUAUUUGUGACUGAUGGAUUGAUUUUAAUAAAUCUAUUAAAAUAACACAUUACUUUCAGUUUCAAUGUGUUCCUUAUGGAAGUGACUCCAAAACCAAAGUGUUCUGAUUCCUUUGAUUACACUGGAAUCUAUAGAAUCAGCCGUUCCCAAAAUCAGAAUUAGCAAAACACUUAUUUAUUAUGCUUUUUAAAGUUGUAAUGUAAGUACACAGCCUACAUGCAAAUCACAUAAAAAAAUUUUAUUGUUAUCAUCACAAAAUUUAAUUAUACAUACUAUGAUACUAUGAUUCUAUGAUUUUUAGUUUCAGCCACUUCUUUUUCAUACUCAUUGCCAACCUUGUAAAAUGCAACCAGCAACUACACUUUACCUUACACAAUAAUAUUUAAAGAGAAAGAUUUGCAAGUUUAAAUACUGUUUCAUUGGUCACAAUAGCCAUCAAAAUGGAAUUAACUUACAUAAAAUGCAAUAUGCGAAAAAUUAACUCUAAGUAGCUAAUGGGUUUUUGAAGUGAUUAUGAUUACUGGCAAACAUAAUAAGCUCUUCAUAAUUUUUAAAGUGGAAAAAGACAAAAUUAUAGUGAUACUUUUUUUAUUUUGUUUAUUUUAAAAUAAUACUAAUUUUCUUAUGGUAGUUCGGUCUGGAUUUAUAUCAUUACUUUAUCUAUAUCUAAUAGUUCUUUAUAAACUGUAUUUUUAGAUUUUUAUCAACUACUAUUUUUAAAGUAAAGUUUAAUUGUAUUAUUAAUUUGGGAAUAGAUAAAAGAUACGUUUAGCCAAUUUCGAGCUUACUUUAUUUGUGUGAGUGAUAAAUGUAAAAACUGUAAGCAAAUUUUGCUUAAAAAUUUUUACGAGCCAUUAUAAAACACCAAGCAGACUUCAGUAGCACGUGACUGUGUGUUAGUUGAGUUAGCUUUGUUAGCUUUGACAUGAUAGGUUACCAUUUGUUACUAGACGUAGGUGUUACCAACUCCCUCAGAAUCCAAAGAUGUAAGAUGUACCGUAGUAUAGAAGAAAUGCACCUCAGUACAAUGAAGAAAGUCAGUGAUGUUUUGGGCUUAACUUAGUUCUAGAUGUAUGGACAUAGUGUUUUAUACAAUGUUCUAUUUUAUGCCAAAUUUGUAACUUAAGUAGCUGUAAAUCAUAGGUAAGUAGUUCUAGGUAAAAUAGUGUUCUUAAAACAUUAAGUCAAAUUCAUGCUAAAAGAUCUUACUGUAAAUUUUAAACAUGUUUAUUAGUUUUUUAUAACAUAAUUUUAUUGUGUAUGUAUUUUAUUUAUUGGUAAAUAUGUAUUUAGUUGUACAUAUACAUAAUGGGUAAACAAUUGUGGCACUUGUUUUAGUGAUCAACAAUUGGCAGGUCACCCAACAUGGCCUAAUAUUGCUUGCUGAUUGAUAAUUUGGUUUUUAUGUGUAUUUUAUAUAAUAGUUUGUUUACAUCUGGCUUUGAUUUUUUUUCUAUAAUUUUUUAAAGGUGUUUAUCACAGUCAAAGUCAGGGCUACUCAUGCAUAACUUUGGCUUGGUUGUGAUAGUUAUAUAAUGAAUGAUUGUUUUAAAAUAUAUGUUUUAUAUAUCCACAAUAAAACUAAAUUUUUUUUAUUCUGUGGGUUAUCUGUGCAAUAAUUUUGUUUGAAAAAAGCACCAUACCUGAAGGAGAAUUGUUUUUGU